GCGCCAACCUCGGCCAUGCCACCUUGUCUGUCCAACAAACUCGGCAUGGACGACAUCCAGCGGGCCAUGAUGUGCUGUCAGGCCAUCUACCAGGACGGACCGGAGAAGGUCGUACAGUUUCUCAACAAACCAGAGAACCUCUGUCUGCACAACUUCGGGGAAGUCUGCGUGUCCAGGUACGGGAGACUGACCUACAUGCUGGCCGAGACGGACGAUAAGGACGAGCUGUUCAUAGCAUUUAGAGGAACACAAAGCUAUGAAGACAUACUGUCAGAUCUGUCUAUCUGGCAGGGGUCGGCUGGCACGCACGGCGAGUCUGCCAUGGGCGGGAAGUGUCACGCCGGCUUCCUGAAGUUGGCCUCCUGUUUUCCCGUCGACCCUAUUCUGCGUAAGUACGUGUAUAGUAGGGGUGCCGACGACUGCGCGCGUAUCGUUGUGUGUGGGCACAGCAUGGGAGGUGCAGUGGCUCACAUUGUCACCCUCAACAUGCUUGCCGACCUGACAAGAUGCGGUCGUGACACAAAUAAGGUCGUGUCCAUCGCUAUCGGAGCCCCGUUCUUUGGUGAUCGCGAAAUGCGCAAGUACGCAGAAAAGCACGAGUUGUCCGACAACCUCCUGACCAUAGUCAACCAGAACGACCCUGUACCGCGGUUGCUUCAGUUGGCGGAGGCAUUCCAAUGCGCUGCAGAGGUGGGAACAAAGAAGGUCCAGAGGAUCGUUAAUGGGACCUUGCCGAUUCUAAAGAUGAGUUUACAGGCACUCUCAUACAUCAGCAUCGGCGGCCAAGCUAUUGCCACCGCGGCUACAGCCUUCGCUACGGUGGACCAACUCCCGACGUACCUCGAAGACAUCAGCCAGUCGGUAAGAAGUCACAUGAAAGCGUUGGAUGACACCCUGCAGUACACCCCUCUGGGAUGGUACAUGCUCAUCACCCACUACAGACCUCCAGGCGAAGGGCAGAAGAACCAGUGGCAUGUGUCCUACAUAGAGGCUGCAGAGGACGUCCUCCAGGCCAUGGGAGAGACUUGGAAAUCGGAGUUUUCCAUGAGCAAACUAAAUGAGCACAAGAUCAGUGAAUAUGCAUCUGUCUACCCCAAGACUACAUCGCAGGGAGGUCGAACGGAAUUUCCUGUCAAGCGCGAAGCUGCAAGAGCCGGGGAAGUGGUGCAGUACAAUCCGUUUGUGUUGACCAUCGAAGCUGUCUCUUUGACUAUCAUAGGUCCCGAGGGCUCUCGAAAACAGAAGAAACUCCGAAUGAGGAUUAAUGGAAAACAUCUCGACUUCUUUGUUUUGGGGGAAACUCCUUUCACAGGAAUCCCUGCUGAUCUACAGAAGAGCAUCCAGAUGGAUGUCAAUGAUGACGAGGUUACUUUGGAGUGUGAGCUGGAAGAGGGCAUACCGUUCGAUGGCGUACCAAAGGUCCACAUCACGACACAUUUUGAUGUAACAGACAUACAGAUCGAACCGGCGAUGAUAAAGGAAGCAAGAGGCCUAACACUGUCGGAAUCUUCUGUUGACCACCUGAAACCAGCCGUCCUCGUCAAAGCUAUUAGGCAAAGUCUGUCCAAUGUCUUGCUGGCAUCAAACAGAAAGGUUGCGAUGGAGUCAAAUGUUGUAUUGAAGCUUCUAAAUCGUCUGGAUGGUCAGAGGAAAUUAGUGAGGGAAGGGAAAGACGUGGUGAGGCUUCGUGACAUAAUUCACAAAGCAAGGACACUAAACGACCUGGACACCAAAUCCUUGGACCAAGUGGCAAAGGAAAUCUUAGAAGAAUUCGGUCAAUACUUGAAAGUGGAGUACCCUUCGUCACUGUUAGAAUGGCUAACAUCCCUCAAAGGGCUGGUGACCAUUGCUUGUGUUGUUGUUGCAGGUAAUGACGGCAUGUCCUACAGAGAAUGCCGUAUUCUCUGUCGGUCAGGCUAUGACAUUUUUUUUGCCUCAGAACAAAUGCUUUGCAUAAAUGAGUUCUUGAGAUAUCACACCAAAAUUGACUUCUCUUCCCGCUCAUGGCAUUUAAUGGAUUCCCUUUAUACUCGGCAGCUGCUGCCGGUGAGGCAGGCGGUGCCGCUGCCGUUGCCGGUGCCGCUGCUGCCGGUGGUGCCGCUGCCGGCCCUGCCGGUGUUGCCGGUGCCGCUGUCGCUGCCGGUGCUUCCGGUGCCGCCGGUGGUGUCGCUGCUGCCGGUGCUGUCGGUGCGGCUGGUGCCGCUGUCGGUGCUGCUAUUUGGUACUUCAGAACUCCCAGAACCACCGAACAAGCGGGAAGUGAGCUGCGGCACCGAUGAUGGAACGGUGUAUAACUUGGAACGCGCCCUGUACAAGAAAUACAAGGGUCUCGAGUUUCUGAACAAAGAUACAGAUGAGAUAUUGAAACAUAAACCAUUCAAAGGUUCCAAGAAGCUGCAAAAUGCAACAAAAAAGUCACAGAAAGAGGCUCUGCGUCGCUGUCAGAUGGCUUGUGACCUGUUUGAGAUUCGCCAACACCUGCGAAGGUCCUGUUUCGUUGGCCUGUUUGGACCACAGAAUGCUGGUAAAUCCACGCUCAUCGAGAAGGUAUGGGAUGUAGCCGUACCGGAGAAGGGGUACAGAGUUCAUACCACAGUCCCAAGGCUUUACAAGGCAAGGGGAACGGAUAGAAUGGUGAUCAUAGACUUCCCAGGCACGACAGCAAUCGACAAACAAGUUGCCAACCUGGCUAACAGCUGCGGGGGGCUGUCGAGCAUCCUCAUCCUCGUCAUGCCGUUUCAAGGGGACGCCAGCACGGAUCACGUCACACAGCUGGAGAAAGCUCGUGUCCUGGCGGGCCGUUUUAACUGUACCAUUCUCCUUUGCAUCAGCCACUGUGGCCUGUACAAGGUAGCACUUAAGGACAAGGAGACUACAGAUGCUUACAGGGAGGACUACGUGAAGCAUCUAAACAUCGACCCCGCCAACAUCCUCUUCACGGAGCUUGUGGACAGCGCUGAUGACUUAGAGAGCAGAGGUAUAGUAGGGCCAGAAGGGGUGAGGAAUUUGUUGAAAGAUUGGCUGAUCAAAUAUGAUGUGUUCGAAGACGAUGUAGGUGUCUGCAAUGGUGCUUUAGAUCUCUCUGAUCUUACAAUGACCAGGAAGGCGUCCUUCGCCAGUGAUUCGCCUCCAGAAAUCCCUGCGCUUUCUGCCAAUCACCUCACCAAAAUGUCUACCGCCCUCUCCCCGACAGGGGGAGAACUGCAGCCCGUGCCUCUGGAUGCAGAUGCUCAAGAGGACAGUCAUGAUAUCAAAACCUUGGCACUGUCUCCAGACGACGUAUCGGCAACCAAAAGGCGGAUCAUAAUCAACCUCCUCGUUCAGUGUUUCGGCUUCCUUCUCCUCUUCACUGCGUACCAGUCGCUGCAGAACCUCCAGAGCAGCAUCAACAGAGCCCGCAACCUCGGCCUGACAUCUCUCGCCGUCAUCUACGGAACCCUCAUCCCCGCCGGCCCGUUCCUCGCUCCCGUAGCCAUGCGGUACCUGGGACUGAAGUGGACCAUCACCGGGUCCAUGGUCACGUAUAUGAUCUUCACUAUUGCGAACUACUGGUCCGAGUUUUACACCGUGAUUCCCGCAUCAAUUCUCCUCGGGGUGGGGGCAGCCUGCCUUUGGGCCGCCAACGGGGCGUACCUGACACGGCUGGCUACCCGCUACGCUGCGGUGACUGGUCAGGACAAGGCAGCCGCUAUCUCCAUGUUCUUCGGUAUCUUCUUCUGCAUCUUCCAGACGUCUCAGGUCUGGGGGAACCUGAUCUCCUCCCUCGUCCUGCAGCAAGGAGCGGCGGACCAGGGCGCUCCAUCCGCGGCUAACGUCUCGUCCUGCGGCGCGGCCAACUGUCCUGGGGGCGGCGGGGGAAACCUCGUCAUACCGCCCUACAGUCUGCGCGUGACUCUCAUCAGCAUCUACCUGGCCUGCGGUAUCCUAGCUGUACUACUGAUGGCUCUGUUUGCCGAUAAGGAGGCGGGGAAGGGACUCUUCUCGUGCUUGAAGACAUGCAAACCGUGCGGAGGAGGCGACGAUCCAUCACAUACACACGAUGGGCAGGCUGGUGGCAGUGAGGAUGGUGAAGAUGAGACGUCACCUGACUGCAGACAUCUCUGUGAGAGGUUCCUGGCUGCGUGGAAGUUCAUGUUUCGGGAGAAGAGGAUGAUGCUGCUCAUCCCGCUCAUCAUGUACGGCACCAUGGAACAGGGUGUUAAUGUCGCCAUCUUUACACAGGCGUUUGUGGGCUGUACCCUGGGUAUCCACUGGAUCGGCUGGGUCAUGAUCUGUUUCGGCGUGUGUGACGCCAUCAGUGCGCUCCUGGUGGGCAGGCUGAGGAAAUGGAUACCAAGACAGGUCCUUUUCGGUACAGCCGCCGUGCUGAACCUGGCCCUGAUGAUUGAGAUGUUGACGGUGAAACCGCACCCUUCCCUGACCGUCCUGUUCUUCGUGCACGCCGGGCUGUGGGGUGUGGCGGACGGCAUCUGGCAGACACAGAUCAACUCCCUGUACGGCGUGCUGUUCCCGGGACAACAGGAGGUCGCCUUCCCCAUGGACGGUUUCUGGGGCGCCGUCAGUUACACCAUCUCAUUUGCAUACGGUGGGUACCUCUGCGCUGACGUCAAGAUCGGCAUCCUCCUGGCCCUGCUCAUCGUCUCCAUGGCAACGUACGGCGUUGUGGAACUGAUGGAGAAGAGAAGGUCGAAGGAGGAUGGAGAGACAGCCGGAGACGCUACAGAGGUUGAGAAAAAUACGGCACACGACUGAGAAGGAUUUCCGACUUUGUCUCCAAUGUAAAUAGAUCAACUGAAUGACCUUGGGGUCAAAAAUGAGCAUAGCUACCUACGUGUGACAUUGUUUGUA